AUGUCACUGGAUGAUCACAGCAGCGGACGCUUUCUCUGGGACAAGUUCAUAGACUUGCUCCCUCUCGUCCGUUAUAUCCCAGCUGAGGCGGCUGUUUCUGAGGCUAGCGUGGCUGGCGUUGAUGGUUGGGUGAAAUCCGAUCUCAAAGGCGUUCUUCUGGAGGAUCACAACUCUAGAUGUUACCUCUGUUUGGACGAUUUCCAGCAGCCAAGGAGGAGGUCAUCGUUGAAGUUGGAACUGUUGGACGAUGGUGAGCCCGAACCGCUGAAGCAGUGCCUAUGUGGCCAUGUGUUCCAUAGAUAUUGUAUAGAUCAUUGGAUGCAUGAGAACGACUCGUGCUUCUUGUGCAGGAAAAUCUUAUAUCCUCCUGAAGGUUAUGAGGAGGAUGGUGACUGGGCUAUUUUGUUCAAUGUCGUUCGUGACGAAGCCGGAACCAUCAAAAGGGCUGUUAAUGUGGACCUUUUGCACAUAUUCCAGUUUAAAUGCUCACAAAUGUGGUGUGAGCAGGGAAUUGUUUUCUUUGCUUGCUGGCAGCACGGGGCGGUGGUUAUCGACACUGCAACUGGGUCUCAGAUCUGUGUACUAGGUGAUCGUGGUUUAUCUUCUAUGUGCCUCAACGGAGAUAGACUGGCACUGAUCACAGGAGAUGGUCGUGGUCGCAUCAAUAUCUGGAACCUUGCGGACCGACGGAUUAUGAAUACCCUCUUAGGGCACAGCGACACAUUGCAAGGACUCGAAGUGUCACAAGAUGGGAACACUCUUUUCUCUGUGGCAGACGAUGAGUCUUUACGUAUUUGGGAGCUGCCUGAUGGGAACAUGGUCAAGAUCAGAUCGGCGGCAAACCAACCUCACUCGCUCUUGUGCCAGACGAACACCUUAUCGCAGUAUCCUUUGCGUCAAGUGGGGCAUGUUGCCUUUACACCUGACGGCAAGGGGUUCCUCACAGGAAGUGAUGACCACUUGCUCAAACUUUGGGACUUGGCCACUAUACUUGAUCAACAAGAGCCCCCUGUCAGGUCGAUUGAUGAUGCAGAAUGGCCCGUCGGGGCCGAAAGUGUCGUCGAUUCAACGAAGACCUUCACUGGACACACUGAUAACAUCUCUGCGGUUGCAGUAUCUUAUGAUGGACGUUGGGUAUUGACGGGAUCCACCGACCACGAGGUGCAUUUGUGGGACAUCGAGACAACAGCGGUGCAAUGUCUGCUGGUUGGCGAGGCUAGUGUAACAUCUGUCAGCUUCUGCGUCAAAGGCGAUGUUUUCAGUACGUGCUGUUCUGAUGGGAGUGUCCAAAUCUCCCGAGACCCUCCCAGCCUUGCACGACUCAAUAAUUGUCUGAUGUUUUCCCGAUUGGUCCCAGGUGGUCCCACUACCUCCGUGGACCAAAGUGCAUCUCAUCCCUCGUCCAGAAGAUUUUUAUUUCCCGGUGUCCCUAGAGACGGUUAG